CGCCGCCGUCCGCCUCCCCCGCUCGCCUCACCCGGGCCUCUUCGGCGAUGCCGCUCUUGGAUUAGGCCGCUCCGGCUCCACUCACUGCAACGCGAACCUCCAACUCCACCGGUUCUGUCGUUAACCGGGUCUUCCCUGCCACCCCCACGUGUUCGCGAUAUCUCCGACGAAAUAACAUAGCGAAAAUGACCGCGAUCGGCUGCUACUGGCUGCCGUGCUUCCUGCUGCUUGUGCUCCAGGGCUCCACCGGUGUGCUCGGGGGUAGCUGCAGGGAGGCGAAGCUGUGCUGCACCGGCAGGGACUCUUCCUGCGUGGUGCAGAAGGCCCCCGUCAAUGCUAUCAUCGAGGACUUGAGUGACAAGCCGUGUUAUUGCGAUCACGCCUGUUUGAAGCUGGGCGAUUGCUGUUCGGACUUUAAGGAUGCCUGCGGAGUGGUGGAUUGUCAAGUGACUUCUUGGGGUCCAUGGUCUUCAUGCGAUGCCGACUGUGGUCCGGGAACCAUGUCCAGAUCAAGAUCUAUAAAGAUCCAACCUGAGAAUGGCGGUAGACAUUGUCCAAGUCUCGAGCAGAGACGAGGUUGCCAGGUGUCUACUUGUUAUCAUCAUCCCGAUCCUGCAAUCAAAGAAAUUGCCAUGCUACUUCCAGGAUCCUUGUCACAGAGCCGAAUUGCUAACACCACAAGUGACAUUAGGAAAAACUUAAGAGUCAGAGAUCCGUCUGAAAAUCCACAAUAUGAUCCAAAGAAAACGUACUGCGUGGAAUUCGAAAUACUGAAAGCGUCGAAGGCGUGCAGGAAAGAGGAGAGCUACGAUGCACUUAAAGAAGGUGAACGGAUUUGCGUACGUUGCGAAUCGGAAGCCCUGCACGAAGACCUCGGAUGGAGGUGUCAAGGUCACGGCGUCGAAGGCAGAGUGACCCGAUGGUCAGCCCUAUCGGCACCCCACUGUCACGGUAAAUGGUUGAGAGCGCAGCCGCAACAGGACGCAACCUGCGAAGCCCGGACCUGCAAGGCCCAGACGACGGCUUUCAUCUUUGUCUAGAUAAAAUGCUGAAGAUAUAAGAAAUGUGUUGAGGAUUGAUCAAGAAGAUUUUGUACUAAAUUAAUAAAUAACUUUUCAUGCAAGCAUGUCACAAUAAAUCAAAAAUGUCAAAACAACUGACGUCCACAAUUUUUAUAAAUAAAUAUUUUAUGGGCGUUAUUGAAAUGUGUAGGUGGUAAUAGGGAGAUUUGGAACAUAUUAACGAUUCUGUAUACCUUAUUUUAUUUAUCUUUUUUGUAGAUAAAAAUUCUUUAAUCGUAAUAUUAUUUUUCUUACAAAAAAUACAGUAACAAAAUUAAUGUUCACUCAUUUAAUUCAUUUA